GGGAGGGGCUACUAAAUUGAAGGCUCUUCCUUUUUUCCACCUUCCCACUAUGUGCUAGGACUUUGAAGAGCUGUUCUUGGACCUUGGGGAAUUGACUGGUGGGAAGGAGGAAAGACUAAGACACCUCCCCAGUAAGGUUGGGCCAGAAAUUUAUUUUCGAGUGGAUUUCUGGCUUUGAAUUCCCCUCCCCCUUCCUCCAAGAAACUCCUGUUCGGUUUCUUUUAUCUGAAUAUCUUGGCGUAUCCGAUUUUUAACCAAAUCUUCCAGGUGUACCCCAUGGUUAAGAAUACAUUUCAAAACGAGUGGGCUCGAUUCAUGCCUUGGGCUAUGCCUCGGUGGUCAGGCGCUCGGGCUCCGUAGAGUUCCCGUAUUUUUAUUGCUGGGCUGAACUUGUUGAUUAGGGCGGACAAAGUCUUUGUUCUUCACUGGCUGUGGAUCUUAGAGCCCACCAACGUGCUUUCUUCCCCUCCUCGAAGCCCCAACUUUUUUUCUUUUUCAGUGAAGACAGAAUUCGAUUAGGGGGAAAGGUUCAGGGAAUGGAUUCUGGAAUAACCAAAGUGUCUGAUUUUGGUGGGAACCUUUCAAGCUUUUAAGGAUCUUCUCUCCCUGUUCUUCUCAGAAUGAAGAUAAAUCUCUUUCGAUUUCCAUCUUCUGCCAGAUCCUUCUUGCCAUGUGGCCUAUGAACUGUUUUGAAAUUCUCAGACCCACCCAACCUGGGUUUCCGAGUCCCCUAACAGCUUUCUGGGAGCCUCCAGCUUUGCCCUAAAUCCUACGGCCUGCCAAGAGCAGCAAAACAUCUUUAUUUGGGAGGGGGGUAGUUUGGAGAGAAUUGGGUGAGUCAAAUCCCCUGCAGCUAAUGCUGGUUCACUCCCCCCACCCCCAACAGGCAUUAUAGCCAGUGGGGUUGAUUAGGAAAAAAAGACGACGGUGAAGAAGUCGGAGUAAGGGGACAGCAACCCCGGGAGAGGGCAGCAUCUGACUGGGAAGGGGGACGGGGAAUGGGGAGGCAGUUGUAUUCAGGGAAAGGUGGGGGUGCUCCAGAGCUGCAGGCUGUAGGAAAUCUUGGGAAACUCUAGGUGCGAGGUGGCCCAGUGGGCCAUUGGCCCCCAGCUGGGCUGGAAGCCGGCUCAGCCCCGUCGCUGGCUAGCUCUCCCAUCCCUCCCUCCUUUCCUCCCCCCCACUCUGGGUCGGGGCCUGACGUCAGGAGGGGGAGGUGGAGGGAACAGGAGCUGCCGAGAGGGAGCGGGAGAAGCAACGGCACGGGGAACCCCGCGACCCGGAGCCGAGCCGGGAAAAGGAGAGGAGCCCCGGGCCAGGGAGGGAGGGAGGGAGGGAAGGAAGGAAGGAGGGACACAGAGAGAGUGGGAGGAAGGCAGGCUGGGAGGAGGAGAAGGAGGAGAGAGCAGCCGCCAGAGCUGGAGGGACGCGAGGGCGGCGCCCGGGGAUUUGAGCCGAGAGAAGCCGAGCGAGCUUAAGAGGUAGGGCAUCGGGUGCAGAGCCGAGGGCCGGGGGCAGGCACCAUGGACCCAUGCUUGGGCGUCUGGCUGGUGGCGUCGGCACUGCUGGGCCUGGGCUAUGGGGACGAUGCCUGGUGGAACCCUGUGCCUAGGAAGACGGUGUCCUAUGAGGAGUUGGCAGCUGUGGUAAGGCGGUUCUCUCAAGUGGGCAUCCAAGACUUUCUAACGCUGACGCUGGCUGAAAGCAAUGGGGUCCUCUAUGUGGGGGCCCGAGAAGCCCUUUUUGCCCUCAGCUUGGAGACCCUGGAGCUGCAGUCAGUGAUCUCAUGGGAGGCUACAGUGGAGAAAAAGGCUGAAUGUAUCCAGAAAGGGAAGAGCAACCAGACGGAGUGUUUCAACUUCAUCCGCUUCCUGCAGCCGUAUAACUCUUCACAUUUGUAUACCUGUGGAACCUACGCCUUCCAGCCAAAGUGCACCUACAUUGAUGUACUUACCUUCUCUCUGGAGCAUGGGGAGCUUGAAGAUGGGAAGGGCAAAUGUCCCUAUGACCCAGCCAAAGGCCACACUGGCCUCAUUGUGGAUGGUGAGUUGUAUUCAGCUACACUCAACAAUUUUCUGGGUACAGAACCAGUAAUUCUGCGCAACCUGGGGCCUCACUACUCCAUGAAGAAUGAGUACCUUUACUCUUGGCUCAAUGAACCCCAUUUUGUAGGCUCUGCCUAUGUUCCAGAAAGUGUGGGGAGCCCCACAGGUGAUGACGACAAGAUCUACUUCUUCUUUAGUGAGCGAGCCGUGGAGUACAAUUGCUAUGCUGAGCAGGUGGUGGCUCGAGUGGCUCGAGUUUGCAAGGGAGAUAUGGGAGGUGCACGGACCCUGCAGAGGAAGUGGACGACGUUCCUGAAGGCCCGGCUGGUGUGUGCUGCUCCUGAUCGGCAACUCUACUUCAAUCAGCUUCAGGCCCUGCACACCCUGCAAGGAGACAAUUGGCUCAACACAACCUUCUUUGGGGUCUUUCGGGCCCGAUGGGGAGAUGUGGACCUGUCAGCCAUAUGCCAGUACCAAUUAGAAGACAUUCAGCGAGUGUUUGAGGGGCCCUACAAAGAAUAUCAGCAACAAGCACAGAAAUGGGGGCCUUACACUGAUCCAGUCCCUAGUCCUCGGCCUGGCUCAUGCAUCAACAAUUGGCACCGACGACAUGGUUAUACCAGUUCUCUGGAGUUGCCUGAUAACACCCUUAACUUUGCUAAGAAACAUCCACUGAUGGAGGGACAGGUGGCACCUCGGUGGGGUCGACCCCUGCUGGUGAAGAAGGAUACCAAUUUCACUCACCUAGUGGCUGAUCAAGUGAAGGGGCUCGAUGAUGUGACUUAUGAUGUGCUAUUCAUUGGAACAGGGGAUGGCUGGCUCUACAAGGCUGUGAACUUGGGUGCUUGGGUCCAUGUGAUUGAGGAACUACAGGUGUUUGAUAAGGAACCAGUAGAGAGUCUUGUCCUGUCCUAUGAUAAGAAGCUGCUGUUUGCUGGUUCACGGUCACAGCUGGCUCAACUUCCCUUAGCUGACUGUAGCAAGUACAGAUCUUGUGCCGACUGCAUCCUUUCCCGUGAUCCCUACUGUGCUUGGAGCACCAACACCAGUCGAUGCGUACCUCUCCGUGGUAACCUUAAAUCUCCAUUUAUCCAGGACGUGGUGAAUUCAAAUACAGGCCUUUGCAACCUUCGACCCAACAAGAAAGUUAAAAUCACUCCCAAGAACAUCACUGUGGUGUCGGGUACAGAUUUAGUGCUCCCAUGUCGCCUUUCCUCUAACCUAGCACAUGCUCGUUGGACCUUUGGGGGCCGGGAACUCCCAGCUGAGCAGCCCGGCUCGCUGCUCUACGACGUCCGACUGCAGGCGCUGGUGGUGUUGGCGGCCCAGCCCCGCCACGCUGGUGCUUAUCAUUGUUUCUCUGAGGAGCAGGGAGCACGGCUGGCUGCUGAAGGCUACCUGGUGGCAGUAGUAGCCGGUCCAUCAGUGACGCUGGAAGCUCGGGCCCCCUUGGAGAAUCUGGGAUUGGUGUGGCUUGCAGUAGUGGCCCUGGGGGCCUUGUGCUUGGUACUGUUGCUUCUAGUGUUAUCACUUCGACGCAGACUGCGUGAAGAGUUAGAGAAAGGGGCCAAAGCAGCCGAGAGAACCCUGGUAUAUCCGCUGGAGUUGCCCAAGGAGCCCACAAGCCCUCCCUUCCGGCCUGGGACUGAACCUGAUGAGAAGCUUUGGGACCCAGUUGGUUAUUACUACUCAGAUGGUUCACUAAAGAUUGUCCCUGGCCAUGCCCGCUGCCAGCCUGGGGGAGGACCCCCUUCUCCACCUCCUGGAAUCCCAGGCCAGCCCCUGCCUUCUCCGACCCGACUUCACUUGGGGGGUGGACGCAGCUCCAAUGCCAAUGGUUAUGUGCGGCUGCAGCUGGGUGGAGACGACCGGGCAGGACCUGUGCAUCCUUUGCCUGAGUUGGCAGAUGAACUGAGGCGAAAACUGCAGCAGCGCCAGCCGUUGCCUGACUCAAAUCCCGAAGAGUCAUCUGUAUGAGAGGAGCCCCCCCACAAUGGGGGGGUGCAGCUCCGACUUUUGCACAGGCACCAGCUACCUCAGGGACUUGGCUGCAGGCACCUGCUUUGCCCGGGAUAGACCCUAGCUAGGGAAUUGCCCUAUCUAGGUUGGCUCCUAUCCAGCAACCUGCUCUGCCAUGGAGACCUGCCCUGCUCACCAUGGGCUCUGCCAUGUGGGUUUGCGCUGUUCUGGGCUUUUGCCUUCUGGGCAUCAACCCACAAAUGGCCUCUUCUUUACAUAGAGAGGAGGCCAAGGAUCCUGCAGACAGACCUUUGGCCCCAGCAGCCAAAAUCUUUUCAAGACAGAAAUUCCAGGUGUGUGUGUGUGUGUGUGUGU